AGUAAUUCUGCUAUUCUCGAUAUAUUUAGCGAACAGUUUCUGUUUAUUUAUUAAUUCAAUUGUUUUCAAGCAACAUAAAUACUGUAAACGUUUAUGUUGAGAAAGGUCGGAGCCUUCGCUGCUCUUAUUUCCGGGGGUUAAAAAAUGAGCGUACCGUAGAUUCUGGAGUAAAUGCGCACGGUAAUUGAACGGGGAGUGAAUCUGACUGCGCAGAAUAAAAGGAGCUCCGCUGUAGGCGUGCGCUCCUUUGAGGGAUAACAAAUGUCGAGGAUCGAGGACAGAAAACAUCGUAGAAGGAUUCCUCCGAGCUGCAGCUGGAGGAGAAGCCCACUGAGCAGUUGGAGAUGAAGCCCAGAGGAAGGGGACCUCCUGACGGGGGGUACGGCUGGGUGGUGGUGGCGUCAGCCUUUCUCGUUAUGGGCCUUACCGGAGCUGUCCUCAAAAACUUUGGCCACUUCUUCCUUGAAAUCCAGAAUCACUUUGGAGUCUCAACCAGCACUACCUCUUGGGUUUCCUCCAUAACUAUUGCCAUGUUUCACAUAGGAGGUCCAGUAGCCAGUGCUCUGACUUUACAGUUUUCUCAGAGAGUGGUCAUCAUUUUAGGAGGUCUUCUAUGCACUUUGGGCAUGUUGCUGGCAUCCUUGGACCUCAGUCUGCCUUGGCUCUACUUCAGUAUGGGUUUCCUGCAAGGUACAGGCAUAUCAUUGUCAUGGAUUCCUGCCAUCAGCAUGGUAAAUCACUACUUCUUGCGGUGGCGCCCUAUCGCCUAUGCCGUCGCCAGCUCAGGGGAGUGCGUCUUUGCCAUUUGUUUCAGUCCUCUAUUUAAGUGGCUCAUAGAGACGUACAGCUGGCAGGGCGCUUUGCUCAUCAUUGGAGGCCUCCAGUUAAACCUGUGUGUGUGCGCUGCACUCAUGAGACCUCUGGAGAGUGCUGCACAGAAAAACAGCAAAGGAAGUGCAGAAGCACUGCCAUCAAAGAGGAAGCCAACCUUCCAGUGUUCCCUGCUGAAGAAACCUGAACUUCUUCUCUAUAUAUUGUUUGCAAUCUUUGCAGCGGCAGGGUUUUUCAUCCCGACUCUCUUUCUGGUCCCCUUUGCCAACAGUUUGGGGAUAGACCAGUACUGGCCAGCCUUUAUUCUCUCUGUCAUUGCUGUUGCAGACCUCUUAGGCAGGUUGUUUUGCGGCUGGCUCGCUAAAAUGAGGUUUCUGAGGAACCUGCAGCUUCUCCCCACGGUAGCCAUUCUGCUCGGCAUCGUUCUGCUUCUGCUGCCGGUCAGUUCCAACUACUGGUCCAUCCUGGUCUUUGCGUCGCUCUAUGGCUUCCUGUUUGGCUGCGUGGUCUCCAUUCAUGUUACCACCAUUGUGGACAUUGUGAGCUUGGAGGGCUUUGACAGCGGACUGGGUCUCUUCAUGCUGUUCAGGAGCAUCGGAGGCUUCACUGGUCCACCUGCUGGAGGCUGGUUGGUGGACCUGACGAAUGACUUCAGGUCAGCCUUCUACUUCUCAGGCUUCUGCCUCAUUACAUCAGCAGUGUUUGUUGUCCUUGUCGACCGCCUGGUUCAGACAAAUAAAUCUGCAGAGGCAUCAGAUGAUCAACCAACAGGGUGACAGAGAAAUCGGUCACUUGGUUACACAAGAAUCCUAUCUUGAGCUCAUUUUAAAGAUGGAGUGGAUUCUUGCUGCUGGAGGAUUGACUCGUUAUAAAAAUGUCCCAGAAGGCAUCUGUUUGGAGGAUUUGUAAACGUUUUAUUCACCCUAAAAAAAACUAUGUAUAUGUAUAUAAACUCAUAUUAUUUGUAUGCUGAUGCAGACUAAAUGGAAAACAUGGACAUUUUUAAAGAAAAGUAACAUUUAUAGUGUCUAUAAGUGAAAAAAACUGCAAUUUGUUUUUUUUUUUUUGUUUUUUUUUUUACUGUAUCUAAAUCAUUCCAGUAACAUUUUAUCAACUUGAGGGAGUUGUUAUGUUUUGCUGAAAGAUGUUAUGGGAUCAAGAUUACCAGAGGAUGCAGUAUCGCUGCUUGUUCUGAAUUGUUGAAAUCUGACUGAUUACACAACGCUGAGACAAGGUGGAAGAAAUUUAGUGAUGGAACUGGCAAAAUAUCAGGGAUAUUACUCCGUGCUGCUUAACAAGUCAAAAGCAUUAUGCUAGCACCAUGUUUUAUAUACAGGGAUGCGGACUCCUCUCCUUCUCUUUUAUUUAAAGCCAUUUGCGUUUUUUGUAGUCUUAAAAGAAACAAAAACUGAUUAUACCCAUAAUAAUAAUGUUUGUUAUUCUUACAAGGUUGAAUGCAGGAACAUGAACAUCUGAGAAAAGCCUUUUGUUUUAGUUUGAAUUCUUGAAGUUUUUGUCUUUUAUUUCCAGCUUUAUCCAUUUAGAGGCUUAAACCCAAC